UAACCACAAGAAGUUUCCCGUCCUCCAUAGCAACUUCAUUCGUAUAUCUUACUCAACUCAAAAAAGUCGAGUUUUGGGGAGCUCAAAGAUGAUGACCAUGACCCAAAUGGAGACCACGGUGCGCUACGACAACGGCUACGAGGAUGAGUACAUGCUCCAGGAGGACGAGUGGGACCGGGACAUGCUGCUCGACCCGGCUUGGGAGCAACAGCAGAGGAAAACCUUCACUGCCUGGUGUAACUCCCACCUGAGGAAAGCUGGCACUCAAAUUGAAAACAUUGAAGAAGACUUGAGGAAUGGACUGAAACUCAUGCUGCUUCUGGAAGUGAUCUCAGGUGAGAGGUUACCUAAACCGGACAGAGGGAAGAUGCGCUUUCACAAGAUUGCUAAUGUCAACAAAGCACUGGACUUCAUCACAAGCAAAGGGGUAAAAUUGGUCUCCAUCGGAGCAGAAGAGAUUGUGGACGGGAAUGUAAAGAUGACGCUUGGAAUGAUCUGGACGAUAAUCCUCCGCUUUGCCAUUCAGGACAUUUCUGUUGAAGAAACAUCAGCCAAAGAGGGUCUCCUCUUGUGGUGUCAGAGAAAGACCGCCCCCUACAGGAAUGUCAAUGUCCAGAACUUCCAUGUCAGCUGGAAGGACGGCCUGGCCUUCUGCGCACUGAUUCACAGACACAGACCCGACCUGCUCGACUACUCUAAGCUCAGCAAGGAUGAUCCCCUGGGCAACCUGAACCUGGCUUUUGACAUAGCUGAGAAACACCUGGACAUUCCCAAAAUGCUCGAUGCCGAAGAUAUCAUCAACACGCCGAAGCCUGACGAAAGAGCCAUCAUGACUUAUGUGUCCUGCUUCUAUCAUGCUUUUGCCGGUGCGGAACAGGCUGAGACGGCUGCCAACAGAAUCUGUAAAGUACUGGGUGUAAACCAGGAGAAUGAGAAACUGAUGGAGGAGUACGAGAGGCUGGCCAGCCAGCUGCUGGAAUGGAUCCGCCGCACCACUCCCUGGCUGGAGAACCGGACCCCGGAGAAGACCAUGGCAGAGAUGCAGAGGAAGCUGGAGGACUUCCGGGACUACAGGCGCCAGCACAAGCCUCCCAAAGUCCAGGAGAAGUGCCAGUUGGAAAUCAACUUCAACACGCUGCAGACCAAGUUGCGAAUCAGCAACCGGCCUGCCUUCAUGCCCUCCGAGGGGAAGAUGGUGUCUGAUAUUGCCACAGCUUGGCAGGGCUUGGAGCAUGCAGAAAAGGGUUACGAGGAGUGGCUCCUUACAGAGAUUCGCAGGUUGGAGAGACUGGACCACCUGGCCGAAAAAUUUCGCCAAAAAGCCACCAAUCACGAAAACUGGGCAAGCGGCAAAGAAAUGUUGCUCUCCCUGAAGGAUUACGAAACUGCCACCCUGACACAAAUAAAGGCAAUGCUUCGAAAACACGAGGCCUUUGAGAGCGACUUGGCAGCCCACCAGGACAGAGUGGAGCAGAUCGCUGCCAUUGCCCAGGAGCUAAAUGAGCUGGACUACCAUGACGUGGCAGCUGUCAACCAGCGUUGCCAGAGUAUCUGCGACUUAUGGGACCGACUUGGAACCCUCACCCAGAAAAGGAGGGAGGCAUUGGAGCGUACAGAUAAGCUGCUAGAAACCAUCGAUCAAUUGUUCCUGGAGUUUGCCAAGCGGUCUGCUCCUUUCAACAACUGGAUGGAGGGAGCCAUGGAAGACCUGCAAGACAUGUUUAUGGUGCACACUAUAGACGAGGUCCAGAGUCUAAUUGCGGCUCACGAGCAGUUCAAAGCAACUCUCCCGGAGGCGGAUGCUGAGCGACAGGCCAUCCUGGGAAUCAACAAUGAGGUGCAGAAAAUUUCUCAGAGCUACGGGAUCAAGGCCAACAUUAUCAACCCCUACAGCACCAUCACGACCGACGAGCUCCUCGUCAAAUGGGACAAGGUGAAGAAGUUAGUUCCUCAGAGGGACAGCGCCAUGCAGGAAGAGCUGGCGCGCCAGCAUUCCGACGAAAGGUUGAGGCGGCAGUUUGCCGCACAGGCUAAUCUCAUCGGACCCUGGAUUCAGGCCAGGAUGGAGGAGAUCGGACGCUGCUCCCUGGAAAUAGGAGGCACCCUGGAGGACCAGAUGACCCAAUUGAAGCAGUGCGAGCACGUCAUCGUCGCGUACAAGCCCAACAUCGACAAGCUGGAGGGCGACCACCAGCUCAUCCAGGAGUCGCUGGUGUUUGACAACAAACACACCAACUACACCAUGGAGCACAUCCGCGUCGGCUGGGAGCUCCUCCUCACGACCGUCGCCCGUACCAUCAAUGAGAUCGAAACCCAGAUCCUGACCCGCGACGCCAAAGGCAUCAGCCAACAGCAGAUGAAUGAAUUCAGAUCUUCUUUCAACCACUUCGAUCGGAAGAAAAAUGGCGCCAUGGAAACAGACGAUUUCCGAGCCUGCCUCAUCUCUAUGGGCUACGAUUUGGGCGAGGUGGAGUUUGCCCGGAUAAUGAUCCUUGUUGACCCCAACGGAACCGGAAUCGUGUCUUUCCAGUCCUUCAUCGACUUUAUGACCAGAGAAACUGCUGAUACUGACACUGCCGAGCAGGUUGUGGCAUCCUUCCGGAUUCUGGCAGCUGAGAAGCCUUACAUCCUUGUGGAGGAGCUGAGGAGAGAACUGCCUCCCGAGCAGGCCGAAUAUUGCAUCAUGAGGAUGCCGCCGUACAAGAUCCCAGGAGCGCCACCGGGGGCGUUGGACUACACCGCUUUCUCCACUGCCCUCUACGGAGAGAGCGACCUCUAACCCCCUCACGCAGCAGCCUCAGCCCGCUACCGUUUUCUUGAUUUAGGAAUUUAGGCAAUCUGUCAUGAAAGGGGGUUCAAUUGUGUUGAAUGUUUGGAUUCAUUUGUAAGAGUUUCCCGCUAAAAGAUGCCUGCCAAUUCACUGAAAUAUUCAUAUUCAAAAUGCCAUGCAUUGUUUUAAAAAGCCCUUGCAGUUACCCUUUGCGAAUACCAUUUCCGCUUCGAGCUGAAUACGAUCUAAAAGGCCAUUUUGAGAUGCUUGAAAGGGGACGUAUUAUACCAUGUUUUAAAAAUAGUUUUCAUAAUAUGUCAAUGACAUGCUUUCAUCACAAUACCCCAAACAGCAACAAUUGUCGCACUCGUUUUGUCUGUCUUUCGGAAUCUAAGACAUUUUUUGGGGCUAAUUGCCUCAUGCAAGUAAACAAGUGUAUACUUCACUGGUAGGGCAUUGGCGAAUAUAUUUUUGAGGAUUGGGGCUCAGCACCUGAGCGAUACUACUAAAGUGAUUUCAUGUUUGCGGGAGUGGAGGCCAGAGUGUACAAUAGAAAGUAUUUUCACUUGUGUAUGCAGCACUUCAUACACUAAUUUGUGUAAGUGGCUGAUGUAUGGUAACUCAUUGCAGCACUGCUUACCUUUUGGCUUUAAAAUCAUGGCAAGGGUGUCUCACCACGUGGGAGGUAUGUGUGUCUCUGCACGAUUGUGUUUUAGACAGUUUGGUUUGAAAGUGGCUCCGGAUCUUCGCCUGCCCCCCCCAGUUGAUCAUGUCGUGGGCAGAGAAAUGUGUACGUGGCUAUUAUGUACGUAAAUGCACAAAUUGUUGCCGACAGAGCCAUUUUCAGAAAAAGGCAAAUAAGAAAAGAUUGACUUUUGUUUUUUUUUUACUUUCUCACUUGGGGUGGGUUGGGACAUACCCAAGAGACCCAACUAUUUGUAUACAAGCCUAUAAAAAAUUCAAUUUUCCAUAAUAUGUUCCCUUGAAGCAAUUAAAGACGUACUCAAAAAUGAAUUCCCAAACUACACCCACAAAUCAUAACACAGUACUCAAAUGGACAGAGAAUUCAUGAAAGUAAAAUAUUUGAAGUUAUACUUUAAAGGCAUACCCAUACACACACAAAAGUUUAUUUCUAUGAAUAAUUUAAACAUUCUUCUGUGUGUUUUUAUGCUUUCAAUCUAUUAGCUGAUUAAAUAUGUGCACUGUCGUUUGGAAUUAUUAGCCAAAUUUCCUUUGCUCACGCAUGUUUCAACUUUUAUUUCUGUUUAAAUUUACACUCAUUCAUCCCGAUUUGGCCAACAACGCAGUCAGAUUUGUCUCACGUGACUUUUCGUUUUACCC